AUGCUGAGCUCAGGUCUUCCUCCUGUUUUCCUGUUGCUCACAACGCUGGAGCUCAGCUGGUCCCUGAGCGAUGAAGAAAAGAAGAUAAUCUUGGAUGGACAUAACAAAUACCGCUCCCAGGUGUCUCCUCCUGCUAUGGAUAUGCUGAAGAUGAGCUGGGACACGGAGCUGGAGGCCUUUGCUCAAGCCUAUGCAGAGAAGUGCAUCUGGGACCACAACAAGGAGAGGGGCCGACGGGGGGAAAACCUCUUCGCUAUGGCCCCAACCCUGGACCUGGAAUUUGCUGUGGAAGACUGGAACGGGGAGGAGAAAUAUUACAACCUGUCGACUUCCACGUGUGUCCCUGGGCAGAUGUGUGGCCACUACACCCAGGUGGUCUGGGCAAGCACACAUCAGAUUGGCUGUGGGGCAAAGUUCUGUGAGAAGAUCGAUGGAAUCGAAACAGAGGACAUGUACCUGCUGGUUUGCAACUAUUAUCCCCCGGGCAACAUGAAAGGCCGGAAGCCGUACAAGGAAGGACCCUCAUGUUCGCAGUGUCCCGAGGGCAGAGUCUGUGUCAACUCUCUGUGUGAACCCACUGUAGAAGAG